AUGGUUACUAUCCCAAGAAUAGGCAGGGUCGAGAUACGGCGCCAUGUUGCGGGACGAAACAGGGAAGGCGACAAGGGGAAAUCUUCAUGGCUGAAGAAGGCAUUCGUGCCCCGCGUCAGCAACUGGCUGAAACCCCACGAUCCAGGAGCCGAUGGGGGCGUUGGGUGUUUCUUUCCCAGCCCCAAGAUCACUUUUCUGAUCGAUAAACCUGAGAACUUGAUCUGCCAGGUGUGUCACCAAAGUCGCUUUGUGUUUGAUGAGAAUGCGGAUACCGAAACUGGGGCAAGAUUGUCUGACAGUGUUCCUGCAAUCAUGCCCUGUGGACAUAUUGCAGGGGCAAGAUGUCUGUCUGAAUGGCUUCGAGACCACGACACCUGUCCCUUUUGCCGACACGAACUCGUCUACAAUGGAUGUGGGCAUCAGAUACCUACCCGCCACAUCACAAAGGAGGAGAUUUUCCUCAUACCUCCCACGAUACCAGAAGGCGGCGAUAUACCAAACCUCUGCAUCUGGUGCUACAAGGAUGCGCAAAGAAAAAUGACCGAGGCACGCUUCAAAGCUUGUAAGCGUCGGUUCAUACAAGCGAGGAAACGUUCCAUUGCCUCCGCCAUUAGUCAUGACGACAGCUAUUUGGCACAAAGGAAGGCUGAUUUGGAGAACAUCAUGCUGGAUGAAUACCAUAUCAAAGUUGCCAAUGCGUGGCUGGCCCACUGGUGA